AUGCCCACCAAAAAUGGGGUCCUUGCUGUCUCGUCCGACAGAGAGGCUCAGGACCCCAGUCCCCGUUUGGCUCGACUGAGUGUUUUUGGGAACGAUGAGGAGAAAUUAAAGCUUUCUGACGACUUGGACCCUGCCGACCGCGAUGUUGAAAACAACAAGCCCUCCUCGAAGGAGACCGAGGGGCGGGAAUCACCAUCAAAAAGCCCAUCAUACGCCUCCGGGCUCACUUGGAUGGCCAUCAACACACUCGCCACAAUAGGAAUCGUCUUCACCAACAAAGCCAUUUUCUCGGACCCAUCUCUUAAACUCGCCCAGCUCACAUUCGCCAGCUUCCACUUUCUCAUCACCUUCCUAACCCUCUUUCUCCUCUCCCGCCCAUCCCUCGCCUUCUUCCCACCUCGCCGCGUCGCCCUCCUCGACAUCCUCCCCCUGUCGCUAGCCAUGGCCCUCAACGUCAUCCUCCCGAACCUCUCCCUUGCCUUCAGCACGGUACCAUUCUACCAGAUCGCUCGCAUUCUACUAACCCCAGCCGUCGCCCUGCUCAACUACAUCCUCUACCACGCCACUCUACCCUCACGUGCCCUGCUAGCCCUCGUCCCGGCAUGCUUGGGCGUCGCCAUGGUCUCAUACUUCGACACCAAACCCGCGACAGCCGCCACAGGCGGGGUGCAAACCACCUCCCCAGCGGGUGUCGCCUUCGCGCUGGCCGGCACGUCCGCCUCGGCUCUGUACACAGUAUGGAUCGCGGCGUACCACCGACGCCUGCGCCUGACGAGCAUGCAGCUCCUUUUCAACCAGGCGCCUGUAUCGGCUUUUCUCUUGCUGUACGCGAUUCCCUUUAUUGACACCUGGCCGGUGUCAUGGGGGGCAUUACCCGCCGCGCGCUGGAUGUUGAUCUUGCUGAGCGGUGGGUUUGCGAGCCUGAUUAAUAUUAGUCAGUUUUUUAUUGUUGCGCAAACCGGGCCCGUGUCGAGUACCGUGGUGGGACACGUCAAGACGUGCGCGAUUGUGACGCUGGGGUGGGUUGUCAGUGGGAAAGGGGUGGGUGAUUGGGGGAGUUUGCUCGGCGUGGCGGUCGCGGUUGGGGGGAUUAUUGCAUAUUCGGUUGUCAUGUUGGAGGAAAAGCGAAAGCAGGCGCCUCAGAAAGGGAAGUGA